AUGGAGAUUGAAGUGCCUGUUGUGAUUGUGGGUGCAGGGCCUGCUGGCCUAGCAACCUCUGCAUGCCUUAACAAACUUUGCAUUUCCAACAUUGUCCUAGAAAGAGAUGAUUGUCAUGCAUCUCUUUGGAGGAAAAGAACCUAUGACCGCUUGAAACUUCACUUAGGCAAAGAUUUUUGUAACCUUCCUCACAUGCCCUUUUCAUCUGAUUUACCCAACUUUGUGCCUAGGGUUGAGUUUCUACGCUACUUAGACCGCUAUGUCAACCACUUCAUGAUUUCCAUUCGCUAUAACCGAAAUGUUGAGUCUGCUUCUCUUGAUGACAACAAUGGCAAAUGGAGGAUCGUUGUUAAUGACACAUCAUCAAAUGUUGAUGAGGUUUAUGUGUCAGAGUUUCUGGUGGUUGCAACCGGGGAGAACAGUAAAGGGUACAUUCCAAACAUUGACGGACUUGAUAGGUUUGAAGGAGAAUAUUUGCAUUGCAGCAAGUACCUUAAUGGAAGAGAAUGGUAUGACAAAAAUGUCCUUGUUGUUGGCUGUGGCAAUUCUGGCAUGGAGAUCGCUUAUGAUCUCUCAAAUUGGGGUGCAAAUACCUCCAUUGUUAUUAGGAGUCCUGUUCAUUUUUUCACUAAAGAAAUGGUGUACUUGGGGAUGUGCUUGCUGAAAUACUUUGAAAUGGAGAAGGUGGACAAGCUCAUGCUGCUUAUGAGCAAAGUGAAGUAUGGAGAUAUGACCAAAUAUGGAUUGGCUAGGCCAACGGAGGGACCUUUCGCUUUGAAAAAAAUGGGUGGUCGCACCCCUACCAUUGAUGUGGGUUGUGUUGGUAGGAUUAAGAAAGGCAAAAUAAAGGUCUUCCCAGGUAUUUCAAGCAUAGAAGAAGGCAAGACAGUUCAGUUUGAAGACGGAAGAUUUUGGCAUUUUGAUGUUAUAAUCUUUGCUACUGGAUACAAUAGCACUGUGCUGAAGUGGCUUAAGGAUUACAAAGAUUUGUUCAAUGAGAAUGGAAUGCCUAAAGCAAGUCAACCAAAUCACUGGAAAGGAGAAAAUGGUCUCUACGCUGCUGGAUUUUCAAGAAGGGGAUUAGAAGGCAUUUCUUAUGACGCCAAGCGUAUAGCUGAGGACAUCAAUCUGACUAUGAAUUCAAGGAAGAUGUCUAGUGCCGAGCCUAACUAUCCAUGCCUCAAAUUCAUAGAUAACUGA